AUGACAACACCAACGACCUCAUGGGCGCUUGUAAGUGAUCCUUCAAGAAGCAACAUGUCGGACGUCGAUAACGGGGACCCGAAGCCGAUGGGUCUUGACUCGCCAGAUUGCGUACUGGCGACGGUGUCCGGGAUACUGGUUGUCAUCAUGGCACUCGCUAACCUAAUCAAUGUGCCUUACUUUGUCAAAGGGGAUGGUACGUGCCUAAAGCCCGUUACCUUCUACAUCAUAGGCCUCAUGAUUGUCAAUCUCGGCAUCGCCUCAGUGUGUCAGACGAUGAUGACAGUAAUUGUAUACCUGGGACGAUGGCCGUUCAGUUACAUCAGCUGUAGCAUCUUUGACUUCCUCCGUCUUGUCCUCGAAAACACAGGAGUCUGGCUAAUGGUGUUGAUCAGUCUCGAUAAACUGCAGCUUCUUUGCUAUGACUACCCUCGAUAUGUACGAGUCAAAAGAAAACGAAGGAUCGUAUUUGAGGUCGUAAUGACUUUUGUGACCCCAAUGUUGUUUCAUGUCGGGGGCUACAGUUUGUGGAUUCUGAUGACGACAUCGGAAGAGCGUGCCGAUGAUCACAGCCCUGAUUGCCAAGACAUCCCCGCCGAAGUGGACAUUCCUUUUGUUGUGAUUGGUGCGACGAUCAACAUAUUCAUUCCCGGCCUAGCGAUAAUGGUCAUGAACUCUGUGGUGUUUUAUAAGAUAAAGCAGCGGUUGAAGAAGCGAAGAAAGAUUGGGAAUGGACCACUGCCAAAUGCAGGACAAAUGGGACAGAUCCACAUAACUGACCCGUCCUCUUCGCAUUCAUCCAAUACACAACAUCGACAUACAAACUCUUCAGAGAAUCGGUCUGAAAUGCAAGCGUCGACAACCAAAAAUACGGUCUUAGCGACUUCAUGGUUGUCAGCAGACAAAGCAUCAGAUCAUGCAGAUCAGUCAGAUGCAGCGAAUUCUUCCAAAAGGAACAAUGUCUUGGCUAAGAAGAAUUAUCUGGACACCGAAUAUCGGCGGUAUAUCCGUCCUGCCGUCACACUCGCAGGCCUCGUUGCCACAUUUUCAAUUUGUUGGUUCCCUUUAGCCAUCUACCACAUCUAUGUCCGCGUGUUUUGCCCAUCUUGUUUCAACGUGAAGACGCAAAUAUGGCUCAGAUGCUUGAUGUAUGCCAACAGUGCCCUAAACCCGUUCAUUUACAUCUCUACUAAUCGACAGAUCAGAAAGUUUCACGGGAAAAUGUUCCGAAAAAUAAUUUCAUGGCGGACCGUGUUCUGGGAGUGA